CACCGUAAACGUAACUAAAAGGGAAGAGGUAGACCCGUGCAUGUCUCAGGUACAACCCGCGUAAACAAAGGCUAGCUAGCUAACUUUUGACAGAAGUAAAAGGAACCAUCAUUAACAAAACAGAGCAACGACUGACUUGCCUGGGCUUUCCUUGCACCAUGUCUCGACCACUGGGAGAAAGCCAUAAAAGGUUCCUGCAAACCAUGAUGGUCAAUGGGAUCAUUGAUGGUGCCAAGGCAAGGGCUCUCCACCGGCAUUGCUGUGAGACACACGGUGCACACUAUGCUCAUGAUAAACUCGAUGAAUUCAUCGAGGUUAUCAAUGCCCAGCUGCAGCCCAUGUUCAUGCAGAUCAGAAAAGGGAUGUCUGAGGAGGAUGGUCUUCAGUACCAUGCUUUGGUGAACAUGGCUGAAACUGAUGUGACUAGGAUGUCAACUGAUUAUGCAGACAACGAGUUGGAAUUAUUUCGAAAAACAAUGGACCUAAUUGUGGACUCUGACAAUGGAACCGCCUCUUCCACGGACAUUCUUAACUGUGCCGACAGCCUCCAGACAAAGAAGCUAAAGAAAAGAGAAACGGAACAUGUACUGAACAGGCUUGUUCAGGAUAAGUGGCUGAAUGAGAAAAAUGGAGACUACUCUCUCUCCACUCGAUGUAUAAUGGAGAUGGAGCAAUAUAUUCGGAUGUUGUAUCAAGACCAGGUCAAGGUCUGCCAUAUCUGUCACAAUGUGGCCUUGCAGUGCCAGAUGUGUGAAAAUCCUACAUGUGGCAUCAAAAUCCACACCCCUUGUGUCGCCAGAUACUUCAAAGGAAGGACUGAUCCACGAUGCCCUGCCUGUGAGGACUUCUGGCCACAUGAGAUCCCAGAUGUGUAUAGACCUCCGUCCUCUCAGAGCGAGACUCAGUCAGCAGCCAAAGAGAACACGGCCCCCACCCCCACUCCUCGGUCUACAGCUCAGACCCGGAGGACCAGGAGGUCAUAACCUCACGGAUGUAUGUAUAGCUGUCAGAACUUUCAGUGCAAUGUUUUGCCUUCAUUCAAAUGUAAAGAGAACUCAAUUUCAGUUUGAAUGUUGAUUAAAACAUUUUUAUUAUA